GGAAGGCCGCAAUGUCACCUGCCGCCCGUAAUCGCCCGCGCGCAUGUCGCCUUCACCUCCGCCGCCAUCCUCUCUCUGCUUCGUGGCUCCCCGUUUCCCUUCUCUUUCUUUUGUUUUGACCCAUUCUUUCCCUUUCUUCCAAAACGGAAACCCAAAGAAGAAGAAGAAGAAGAAGAAGAAGAAGAGAUUGAGAGCGCGCUCGCGUCAUGUGCCAUCUCGAUACGUAGUGUCGAAUGACAAUUACAACAAUCGAUGAUGAUCCAACGAGAGAUGUUUGAAAUAUGGAUUAUAUAGAUUGGAGUAAUAGUACUGAAAAUAUUGUCUUCUUCUUCUUCUUCUUCUUGAUUAAUGGACGAGAGGAGGAGGAAGCAGGAGGAGGAGGAGGACGCCGAAGCCGCGGGGCGGACCAGCGGCGCCCAGCGCAAGGGCAAAUCCUAUAGCCAGCCCCUCAGCCGCGACGCCAUCCUAAGCAGCGCCGCCCGCCGCCACGCCAUCCGCAAACACAGCCUCGACGAGGACGCCCUCUCCUCUUCCUCUCCCUCCGACGCCUCCGCCUUUGCCCACUGCCACUCCUCCCCUCCGCCUUCCUACCAUGACCGCCAUAAACACUCCUCCUCCGUCGAGGACAUCGGUUCGCCCCACCUUCGGUCCUUCCCCACUUCCGGUCCCUCCCAAUCCCACCACCACGCCACCGCCGCUACCGCUGGCUCCUUCGGCAACGCCUUCUCCCUCGACCUCCGCCGGGGCGGCUCCUCCCUCUCCGACAGCGACGGCUCCCUCACCCUCGAGCGUGCCAUGUCCGAGUACGGCGGCGCACCCGGGACGAUCCCCGAGUUCAUGGGCAGCGGCGGGGGGGUCGGCAUCUUCCGCGUGCCCCACCGCGCUGCCAUGCACCCCGGCCGCCCCCCGGCACUCGAGGUGCGCCCGCACCCGCUUCGCGAGACUCAGGCCGGCUCCUUCCUCCGCACUAUCGCCUGCACUGGCUUACAGCUCUGGGCUGGCCAGGAGUCCGGCCUGCGAUUGUGGAACCUCAAGGACGUGUUUGAGGAGUGGGGGGCCGGUGCCAUGGUGAAGAGGGGUGAUGAGAAAAGUGCCCCAUUCUGCGAGUCAUGUCGCACUUCUCCCACACUUUGUUUGGUGGUGGACGCUGCCAAUGGCUUGAUUUGGAGUGGGCACAAGGACGGGAAGAUCAGGUCAUGGAAGAUUGACCAGGCGACCACCGCAAAUUCGGCUCCCGAUGAUGGUAAUUGUGCUUCUGCUGUAGGUGGUGCUCCUCCAUUUAGAGAAGGCCUUUCGUGGUUGGCACAUCACCGGUCUCCUGUACUCUCCAUGGUUAUCACAUCUUAUGGUGAAAUAUGGUCAGGUUCUGAAGGUGGAGUCAUAAAGGUCUGGCCUUGGGAUGCCAUUGAAAAGGCUCUUUCUCUUUCUGUUGAAGAAAGACAUAUGGCUACUUUACUAGCUGAGAGGUCAUAUAUUGACCUAAGGAGCCAGGUCACUGUGGGUGGGGUUUGUAAUUUGCCUGCUGCAGAUGUGAAAUAUAUGGCAUCUGACAAUUCUAGGUCCAAAGUGUGGAGUGCUAGUAGCCUAUCCUUUGCACUAUGGGAUUCUCGUACAAGGGAUCUUUUGAAAGUGUUUGGUAUUGAUGGCCAGGUAGAGACUCGCGUUGAUAUACCCUCUGCACAAGAUCAGUAUGUUGAGGAUGAGAUGAAGACAAAAUUUGUUUCAUCAUCAAAGAAGGAAAAGUCACAAGGUUCAGUUAGUUUUUUCCAACGUUCUCGUAAUGCCUUGAUGGGAGCAGCUGAUGCAGUUCGCAGAGUUGCAGUUAAGGGAACAUUCGGGGAAGAUAAUCGGAGAACAGAAGCGUUAGCUGUAUCGAUGGAUGGUAUGAUCUGGACUGGAUGCACAAAUGGGUCAAUGGUCCAGUGGGAUGGAAGUGGAAACCGAUUGCAGGAAGUUCAACAUCAUUCUUCUUCUGUUCAAUGCAUCUGUACAUAUGGAUCACGGGUGUGGGUAGGCUAUGUUAGUGGUACAGUUCAGGUUAUGGAUCUUGAUGGAAAUCUUCUUGGAGAAUGGGUUGCACAUAACAGUCCAGUUAUUAAAAUGGUUGUUGGAGGCUCGUACUUCUUCACACUGGCACAUGACGGUGGCAUACGCGGGUGGAAUAUAAGAUCUCCUGGACCACUUGAUGAUAUACUGCGAGCGGAGUUGGCCAAUAAGGAGCUGUCAUAUACAAAAUAUGAAAAUAUUAAGAUAUUGGCUGGAACUUGGAAUGUUGGACAAGAAAGGGCAUCUCACAAUUCACUUAUAUCCUGGUUGGGUAGUGCAGCAUCAGAGGUUGGAUUAGUUGUCGUUGGAUUGCAAGAGGUAGAAAUGGGAGCUGGAUUCCUGGCAAUGGCUGCUGCUAAAGAAACUGUAGGACUUGAGGGGAGUGCAAAUGGGCAAUGGUGGUUGGGUAAUAUAGGAAAGACCUUAGAUGAAGGAACAUCUUUUCAGCGUGUUGGUUCUAGGCAGUUGGCGGGGUUACUCAUUGCUGCAUGGGCUAGGAAGAGCCUUCGACCACAUGUUGGUGAUGUUGAUGCUGCAGCAGUACCUUGUGGAUUUGGGCGUGCAAUUGGUAACAAGGGUGCUGUAGGUUUGAGGAUGAGAGUCUAUGAUCGGAUGAUAUGUUUUGUAAACUGUCAUUUUGCUGCACAUUUGGAAGCAGUUAGCAGGCGGAAUGCUGACUUUGAUCAUGUUUAUCGAACAAUUUCUUUCAGCCGGCCAACCACUGGACUUCAUGGAGCUGCAGCUGGUCCUACGUCUGUUCAAUUGCAUCGUGGAGUGAACGCCAUAGGAUCUCAACCUGAUGAUGGGAAACCUGAGUUAUCUGAAGCUGACAUGGUUGUUUUUCUUGGUGAUUUUAAUUAUCGGCUUCAUAGUAUCACUUAUGAUGAAGCCAGGGACAUGGUUUCUCAAAGAUGCUUUGAUUGGCUUAGAGAGAAGGAUCAGCUCCGAGCAGAAAUGAAAGCAGGAAAAGUGUUCCAAGGAAUGCGUGAAGGGCACUUUAAAUUUCCUCCAACUUACAAGUUUGAAAGACACCAAGCAGGUUUAUCGGGAUAUGAUUCAAGUGAGAAGAAAAGAAUUCCUGCUUGGUGUGACAGAAUACUAUAUCGUGAUAGCCGUUCAAUUUCAGUAGCUGAAUGCUCCUUGCAGUGCCCUGUGGUUUCAUCGAUCACACUGUAUGAAGCAUGUAUGGAUGUUACUGACAGUGAUCACAAGCCUGUCAGGUGCAUUUUCAGUGUAGAAAUUGCACAUGCAGAUGAGUUGAUAAAGAGGCAAGAGUAUGGACAAAUAAUUGUGUCAAAUGAGAAAAUAAGAUCUUUUCUUGAAGAAUCCUGUGCUAUUCCAGAAAUUACUGUCAGCACAAACAACAUCAUCCUGCAAAACCAAGACACUUCUAUUCUUCAAAUCACAAACAAGUGUGAAAAGUACAAAGCUGUCUUCCAAAUUGUUUCUGAAGGCCACUCAAACAUCCAGGGCAGUGCAAAUGCAUCUGAGCUUUGUGCUAGAUGUUCCUUUGGCUUUCCUUUCUGGCUUGAGGUCAAUCCAGCAGUUGGAAUUGUGAAACCUGGACAAACAAUAGAAGUUUCUGUCCAUCAUGAAGAUUUGCACACUCAGGAAGACCUUGUCGAUGGAAUCCCACAGAAUUGGCAGUGUGAAGAUACCAGGGACAAGGAAGUGGUAAUAUUGGUAAACAUCACAGGCACUGGCUCAACCGAGAGCAAAAGUCACAGGGUACAUGUGCGCCACUGUUUCCCAUUCAGGUCGGAAGAUAGAAAAGGUUCUUCGAGAAGAAACCAAUCAAGCCAGCUACAAAGGUCUGAUGUUAAGACUGGAAAUUCCUCAGAUGCAGAUCCUGGGUCGUUUCACUUGCGAUGACCAUGAGGUUUGUGUAUGAAAGAUAAGAUGGACAUUGCUUUCAGUCAGAAAAGAAUGCCAGGGUAAAGAAAAUAAAUUCUGUUUUUUUUCAUGCUUGUUCAUCACCUGCACAGCUCAAAAUACAUUUCCUGGAGAAAAGAAAUCCAUCACCUGCACAGCUCAAAGUUUUACACCUCACCAGCAAUUGUAAGGUCUUGGGGAUGUACUUUUAAGGAGUUAACUUGUUAGAGGAUUUUUCCUUUUUUGUGUAUGUUCUGUAGACACAGCAUUAUGCAUCUAGAAUUUGCUUUACUUAGAUCUGUGAAUUAGGUUGAUGGGUUUAGUUUUGUAGUGCUCGUUUUAUGCUUAUUUGCUGAUAAUGUAACAUUGUUUGAGAUGUUAACUUGUAAGAAUAUGGUGUGCUGUGAACAGGUGAUUGGUGCUAUUGAUUUCCCACGGCUGCAUUGAGCAAUAAUAACAGCAGAUUUCGAUUUCGUCUUGA